GGUUACAUGUUGCUUGCAAAGGAGGUUAGCUUGGGGUGACUAGGAGAAAAGUCCGUUUGCAGAAGAGACCCAGGAAAGGCAAAGCCGGCAUCCCAAGUCUGAUCCAAUUCCUGAUUUCCGUCUUGAGAAGGUUGCCUCCAUCUUGCUUGAAGAUGAGGUCUCCGGAAGAGAGGAGACGAUACUGGGGUUGGUUUGUUCUGGCGAUGCUGAUCUGCCAAGAGUUCCCGAAUUUCCCGCUGUUGGCGGCGGCGGCCAAGAAAGAGCGGAAGAAACUGAAGGAGCCUAACCAAUACACGGAGACUCUUUCCAACACCACUCUUUCCAACAGUGAAGAAUUGAACGGACACGCCAAGAUGCUAGAAUCCCCAGACCCACGCAUCACCGAUCCACGCAAGACAUGGAUUUCAUUUGUACAGCGUCCAGGUGAUGGCAGCAGCUCCAAAAAGAAAUGCAAAGGGAAAGAUAAAAAACGUGGUCUUGCCGGACCUCCAGGGCCGCCAGGUCCUCCAGGGCCCCCUGGCCUUCCUGGGGCUGAAGUCACCCACGAAGUCUUAAUGCAAGAAUUUAAAGACAUGCUAAAAGAAGCUACCGAAAGGCGGGCAUCUCCAGUUCUCCCAUCCCAUCCCAGUGAGAUGCCGGUGAUGUUGGUGCCCCUGGAGGAGCUGUCUCUCUACCGGCGAGUGGAGGAAGCCUUCCAUUGCAAGCUCAAGGGUCAAAUCAUCGUGGACAAGAAAACCUUGAUGGAACUCCAGAAUUUUCAGAUGCCUUUAGCCAAAGGAUCUUUUCUCCGAGGAUCCGGCUUAAAUUUAACAACUGGGAGGUUUACAGCUUCAGUAUCUGGCAUUUAUCAGUUUUCAGCCAACGUCCAUGUAGACCACAGUGAGCUGAAAAGUAAACUGCAGCUCCGAGCAAGAGAUAAUGUCCGAAUCUUGAUCUGCAUUGAAUCCCUUUGCCACCGAUAUACAUCUUUGGAGGUUAUCACUGGGCUGGAAAGCAACAGUAAAAUUUUUACCGUUUACGUUCAUGGAUUGCUCCAACUCCAGGCUGGACAAUACACCUCCAUCUUCGUAGACAACAGCGCUGGGGCCCCCGUGACCAUUCAGAACGGAUCUGACUUCAUGGGCAUGUUUGUGGGAGUCUAAUUCCCAAGACAAUCUGCAAGGGAGAAAGAGGGAGGGGGGGGAGAAAACGCACCCGGCCGCCUGAUGGACAAGCUUGAACUCUGAACCCUACCUGCCCACCUUCGCUCCGCCAUCAACGUUCUGCAGCCAAAUGAAGCAAACGUCUUCUACCCCCCCCGCCUCCCCCAGGAGGCCUAGCAAACAAUCCGAGAGAAAGGGAGAAGAUCGUUUUCAACGCGGAACCCAAAAAGCCAGAUCUACUUUCCUUCCAUGGACAGAUUCCAGAUUUUCCAUCUCAGUCCCGAGAGCCAAGGAAAUCUCUCCCUCUCUGAUUCCA